AUGCUUGCUCGUGGACAAAUUGCUCGUGCUGCCGCUGUCGCGCGCCGCUCUUACGCUACCAAGGUUGCUUCCUUCACUGGCCAGAAAAAUGAUAAGGGCCAUUACACGGUUCCCAUCAUCGAGGGUGACGGCAUCGGCCCCGAGAUCUCGGAGGCUGUCAAGGAGAUUUACAGAGCCGCCAAGGUACCUAUUGACUGGCUGCCUGUUGAUGUCACUCCCCGUCUCAUUAAUGGCAAGACCUCUAUUCCCUCCGAGACUAUUGAGGCUAUCAACAAGCACAAGAUUGCUCUCAAGGGUCCCCUGGCUACUCCUGUUGGCAAGGGCCACGUCUCUCUCAAUUUGACGCUGCGCCGCACUUUCAACCUGUUUGCUAAUGUCCGUCCGUGCAAAUCUAUCAAGGGCUACAAAACUCCUUACGACAACGUCGACACCGUUUUGAUUCGUGAGAACACCGAGGGUGAGUACUCUGGUAUUGAGCACACCGUGGUUCCUGGCGUUGUCCAGUCCAUCAAGCUCAUCACCCGUGGUGCCUCGGAGCGCGUUUGCCGUUACGCCUUUGAGCAUGCUCGCAACACCGGCAAGAGCAAGGUUCUUGUUGUCCACAAGGCUACCGUUAUGAAGCUUGGUGACGGUUUGUUCUUGGAGGCUGCUCUCGCCGUCGCCAAGGACUACCCUGACAUUUCCGUCCACACCGAGCUUAUUGACAACACUUGUCUCAAGAUGGUUACCGACCCCAGCCCUUACCAGGAGUACGUUAUGGUCAUGCCCAACCUUUACGGUGACAUCAUGUCCGAUCUCUGCUCUGGUCUUAUUGGUGGUCUUGGCUUGACUCCUUCCGGUAACAUGGGUGUCGAGACCUCCAUUUUCGAGGCCGUCCACGGCUCUGCCCCCGAUAUUGCUGGCAAGGGCGUCGCCAACCCUACCGCCCUUUUGCUGUCUUCUGUUAUGAUGCUGCAGCACAUGGGUCUCAGCUCUCAUGCUGAUAAGAUCGAGAACGCUGUUUUGACCACUCUUGCCUCUGGUCCUGAGAACAUCACUCGCGAUCUCCGCGGUAGUGCUUCUACCAAGCACUUCACUGAGCAGGUCAUUUCGCGCUUGUAA